AUGGAAGAAGCAAGACAAGAAGUGGACGACAUCACGCUGGAGUUCGUUAAGACAUUAAUCGAAAAAGACACUGGAGAAGAUGAGAUCGAGGUCAAGGACUUCCGCUCGGAACGAGCGACAGAAGCCGGUGACAACUUCGCUACUAUCGUUUAUCGCAUUACGGCCAAUUACAGCAAGGGAUGCGAGGAAAAGAAAAGUUGCGAAGCUGUAUACGUUGGGAAAUUUCUUCCUGUCCAGCCUAAGCACAGGGAGUUCGUGCAGCAGUUUAGAAUCUUCGAUAGGGAGGUGGCCGUCUACAAUGACCUCAUCCCCGCCAUGAUAAAUUUGCAGAAGGAGAAGCUUGGACGAGAUGACAUUCUUGUCCCAAAUAUACCACGAUGCAUUUACGCCAAUGGGGAAUCUACUCCGAUUGCUGCAGUCAUCAUGGAAGACUUGCGUAAGAAAGGAUUCCGAUUGGCCGAUAAGUACCAGGGUCUUCAGCCGGACGAAGUUCGUCUCUUGAUGGAGGCUUAUGGACGAUACCACGGUUUGGGCGUCUUCGUCGACCGACAUUCCGACUUCAGUUCCAGGCCUAUUUUCAGCGACAACCCUUUCCAAACGUUCCCAGAAUUUCAGGACAUGAUGCGGAACUGUCUUAACAGCAUGUGCAAGGUCCUCGAGGAAAUACCCGGACAAGAAGAGAACGCUAGAAAGAUGAAGGACUACGUCGUUAAAGUUGAUGGGGGAAGAGAACGAUUAUUCGAAUUCAUGGGGAGAAAAGGUAAAUUACUCACCUUUCUCCAUGGAGAUUGCUGGUGCAACAACAUGAUGUUUCGAUACGACCCAGACACGGGAGCACCAGUGGAGAUCAAGAUCCUUGAUCUUCAGAUCGUCGUCUAUGGCAACCCUUGUCGCGACCUCAUGCAUGCUCUCUACACCAGCACGUCCAAAGAGACGCGAGAGCAGAUGCCUGCUUUAUUCAAGUUGUAUCACGACACCCUCAUAAGUACCACAAACAGUCUUGGGAUCGUCCUCGACUACUCUUACGAAGAAUUCGAAAAGGAAAUCGCGGGGUACGAAGAAUUUGGUUUCUUACUGGCAAUGUUCGUCAUCCCCAUCAUCAUGGCCGAGAAAAAGGACAUCCCCGACUUCACGAAAACAGACUUGAAUAUGGACGAAUUAGUGAGGCUGAGGGAACAGCAGCUCGCCAAGGGAAGUUCGGCCAUCAAAAAGCGCCUUGUCGAUGUCGUGGAACAUAUGGUUGAAAUUGGUGUGCUUUGA